UAUUAUGUAUGGCAUGUGGGUUUUCUCUAUUUUUUUUGUUUUUCUCAAGAAACAAUCAUGUUGAAAGAAAGCUUGUUAAUAGAUAAUUCAAGAUUAAAUGCAUUUAUAAUAAAAUUACGGUUAACUUAAUGAUUUUGUCAGAUAUUGGAUUCAAUUUAUGUGAAUUUAGAUAAAAUAUUAUGCAAAAUAAUAUUAAGUUCUAAUACCCAUCUCCAAAUCCCACCACCAAAUCCCAAAUCCCUGUCCAUAGGUGCUGUCUUUGACCGGCACGCGCCGCCAGCCGCCGUGGGCGUCGCCACGAUUUGAACGCAACUACAAAAACAACGAGGGAGAGAGAGAGUGUGUGUGUGUGUGUGUGUGCGUCUUUGCGCGCUCGCCGGUGGAAAGAAAGGGACAAUGGAGGUGAGAGCUAGAGCGCCCGGGAAGAUCAUUCUCGCAGGCGAGCACGCCGUCGUGCAUGGAUUCACCGCCGUGGCCACCGCCAUAGAUCUCUACACCUACGUUUCUCUUUGUUUUCCUGAGAAUGAUGAUACACUCAAACUCCAGCUCAAGGACAUGGCAUUAGAAUUUUCAUGGCCAGUUGGAAGAAUCAAAGAAGCAUUACCAAAUUUAGGAGGCCCUCUCCCUUCAGCACCCACAUCAUGCUCCCCUGAGUUGAUUAGUUCAAUUAUGGUUCUAAUUGAUCAACAGAAUAUUCCUGAGGCAAAAAUCGGACUUAUCUCUGGAGUAACAGCUUUUCUCUGGCUAUACACUUCUAUCCAGGGGUUUAAGCCAGCAAAAUUAGUUGUCACCUCUGAGCUUCCUCUGGGCUCAGGCUUGGGUUCGUCUGCUGCAUUCUGCGUCUCACUGUCAGCAGCUUUGCUUGCUUUAUCAGAUUCUGUAGAGCUGGAUCACAGCCACCAAGGCUGGUUAAUGUUUGGUGAGAGUGAGCUGGAAUUGGUGAACAAAUGGGCUUUUGAAGGUGAAAAAAUAUUUCAUGGAAAGCCAUCUGGAAUUGACAACACUGUUAGCACAUAUGGCAACAUGAUCAUGUACAAGUUGGGAAGUUUGGCCUGCAUCAAGUCCAAUAUGCCGCUCAAAAUGCUUGUCACUAAUACAAAAGUUGGGAGAAACACAAAGGCAUUGCUUGCUGGUGUUUCAGAAAGGACUUCAAGGCACCAUGAUGCGAUGACUGCUGUGUUUAAAGCUGUAGAUUUUAUCAGUAAGGAAUUGUCUUCCAUUAUCCAAGCACCAGCUCUAGAUGACCAUGCUACUACUGAGAAGGAAGGGAAGAUAGAAGAGUUGAUGGAAAUGAAUCAGGGUUUGCUCCAAUGUAUGGGGGCUACCCAUGCAUCAAUAGAAACGGUGCUUCAGACAACAUUAAAGUAUAAGUUAGCUUCAAAGUUGACAGGAGCUGGGGGUGGAGGCUGUGUUUUGACAUUUUUGCCAAGCCAGGUAUCAGGAACAGUUGUUGAUAAGGUUGUCGCAGAGCUUGAGUCAUGUGGAUUCCAGUGUUUCAUCGCCAGAAUUGGAGGGAAUGGUCUUGAAAUUAACUUUGGUGGUUCAUCCUGAUUUUCCAGGGACAGUAAUGAAUCACUGUAAGAUUUGAUGUUUAAACGGCUAACAAUAUGCGGAAAAUGUUCCCUAUUGCUGCCGUAUCUUUGUCUGUUGUUCACUAGUAAUGUAUGUACAUUAGUUUCAAUGUUGUGCUUUCUAAGUUCACUAACUUUCAAAUAAUUUUUGGAAUCAUGCGUAUUUGCUAUAUUGUAUAAUAUGCAUGAUUUUUAAGGUUUGUUGAUAAAUGCCGGUUUCUUUCCUCAUCA